AUGUCGUAUCCUACUGAAUCCUCCGUAGUUCUACCGAGUCCACCGAGUUGCCGCAUCGGGGACGAUGAAUGCGGUCAGAGCAAACCGAGGAGAUGUGAUUUGCCCCCACUGUGGGGUCUGUUACCUAGUAAGUACUACAUAAUACUAGAAUACCUGUUAACAGGAGAAGAUCCUCCAAGCUCCCAAGAGGCCGUCUUCCAAUCCGUCGGCAGAGCGUUAUCGCUCGCUGCUGAUUGGUGGCGGAAACUCGCCGACGAGCGAAGAUUGGCCGGGUCCAGACAGGCGGUCAAGCACCGGCAAGCGGUCUCCGCUGCAACCCGCGGCUCGCCUUGCCUUCCCAAGCAGCCCCUAAACCCGUUGCAGCUAGCCCGCUGUAAGAGUUUCAGUGGCGACUCGGCGGGGCCAUCCAAUCAGGGUAGUAGUCCUACACCAUGGAGUACUCCGUAUGGAGUAUAA